AUGAGCGAAGGCGAGUGGGAAGGCCGUCUGCGCGACCGUGUGUGGCGCGCCAACGUCCUCAGCGAAGAGCUCGGCCCCACCAGCUACCCGGACUGGCGUGCUCUCAUGGAUAACUGCUACCAGAAGCGUCUCCACGACCGUGGCAUGGCCGGCGGCGUCGACCACUUUGAUCCGCACAAUCUCCCCACCACCGAAGAGCCUCACACGAGCGGCAGCCGUCCACGCGUCUUUACCACGCCCGAGACCAAGCGAACUGCGGUGGUCAUGCGUUCCUACGAGGGCUACGCCUGGCGCGAGGACGACAUUCUCAACUUGCGGGCGCUCAUCAGCGAACUCUCGCUCAACAACCCCAACACGCCUUACGACGUGCGGAUCCUCAUCGAGGUCAAGUCGCGUCACCUUGCCGUCUUCACCUCGGAGUGGGACCGUCUCAAUGUGCUGCGAUCCAGCGUGCCGCGCGAGUUCUGGGGUCUUGUCGAGCUCUGGACCGAGGAUGAGAUGUGCGCGCUGUACCCUGGCCUACCCGGAAAGUUCCUCAACAAGAUGAUUGCGCAGACCUCGUAUCGAUCGUGUCUGAUGGCGUUGCAAAAGUUCUACCUGGACCACCAGGAGUACGACUUCAUGUACAACUGGGAGAUGGAUGUGCGCUACAUUGGCAACUACCUCGACUUCUUCGAGGGCAUCGAGGCGUAUGCGCGAAACGAGGCACUCCACUCGGGCAUGGACAAGUACGACACUUGGCUCGUUCGCAAUGUCACCGUCUCGGAAGACAAUUGGCGCGAUAACUCGAGCCUCACCAUCGGACGUGGGGACGAGGCGGAUCUGAUCACACUUGGCCCCAUCUUUGACCCACGAGGCUCCGGUUGGUACUGGGAGUACGAUGUGCAGAACUAUCCGCCAGGGCAGAGCACGGACCGCCGUGCCUCGAUCGGCACCAACAUGCGCAUGAGCCGUGCUCUGCUCGAGGCCAUGAACGUGGUCAACGCCGAAGCCAAGAAAUCGCUGCACUGCGAAGCGUGGCCGACGACGCUGGUGCUGCACUCGCAGCUGCCCAUGUCGCAUGACCACUCCUUCUAUCCUGAGGCUGGCUUCACGCACAACCUGCCGCUGCCGUUCAAGGGGGUGUUUGUGCCGCAUCCGGUCUACUUCCGCCACGUAUGGGAGCCCGAGGUGCUACACAACCGCAUCAACCGACCAGAUUUCUACAAGAAGAUCAACGAAAAGGUGAUGCGAGAUAGCUCGUUCUACUACGACGGCGCGCAUAGCAGAGAGGUGUACGUGGGAUGGAAGGAGAAGGAGAAUGUGUGCCGUGCGCCGAUGCUCUUGCAUCCCAUCAAGCGAGUCAACUAG